AUGUUCAAGAUCAUUUUGGUUUUAGGAAUGUUGGUACCUAGUUUAGUGGGAGCGGUUGUGAUUCCUUCGAAUUCGGAGAAGAUUAAACGUGAACCUUUAGCUGGUAUCAAAAGGAUUCGGGAGUCUCAACCUCGAGAGAUUGGUGUCAAAAUCUACGGGAAUGAGAAAAGAGAUGAAGAAUGGUCUAACCAAAUUCGUCGAGCACACAAACAUAAAGGAGGUGCAGCAGGUGGAAAAGGCAAAAACAACAAAGUCGUAGCUGCCGCAGCUGGAGGAGGUGCUGCCGCCGCCGCCGCAGCAGCCGAACUGAACAACUCGACAAUCACCAACUCCACUUGUUUAUCUGCUUCCAACAUUACCGACAUCUCUUCAAACGAUACUCUUUCCAAUGUGGAUUGUUCCCUCAACUCUACCGUUUCCGCUCUAUCGGAUAAUUCUACAAUUUCCGAUCUGUCAGCCGAUAAUUCUACCGAUCUGACGAAUGUAACCAGUUCCGAUAUUUCGUCAGCUGAUCUUUCCAAUUCAACCAUCGACACCUCAUCAAUCGAUUCCUCCAAUUCGACCAGCGCCGAUACCACCGGAGUAGAUAAUUCCACUUCCUCCGAUAUCUCUUCAGGUGAUUCAUUGAAUUCAACUUCGAUCGAUAAUUCCACCGACACGUCUACCUCCUCUAACAGUGGUAAUGGGAAUGGGAAUGGUCAUCAUAAAAACAAAAACGCCGAUUCUUCUGCCCAAGCGAAUACUGCAAAUGUCAACGCUGCGAACGCUGCGAACGCUGCGUCUUCUAACGAUGCUGCGAAUCUCGCGGGAGACGUAUCUGCCGAUUCUAGUGCAUCGGGUGCGGCCGGUGCAACGGGAGCUGGAAACGUGAUUCAAGAUCUGAUCAAAGGGGUGGUCAGUAAGGUAGAGGGUAAAAUUGGGGCGGGAGGAGGAAAUGCCUGA